AUGACAGACUAUCGAUUGCCGAUGCAUCAAAUGCCCUCGCGAAAACCCCUUCCCUCUGUGCACUCCGGGCCUCAGUUUGGUCACCAUGGAUAUCAGCAACAACAGUAUCAGCCGCAUCCGCAGGCUCAACAUCCCUCGGUUGCUUCCCUUGCGCACAGCCGAAACCGAACAACCUCCUCCAAUGUUUUGCCGUACGCGGGCCAUGACCGACACCACCCACAGCAACCGGCUUCUCCGCAGCACAGUAUGACGGUUCCUUAUAAUCCCUUGGCAAGGCGCUUGUCCAGUGCCACCACCUCGACAACCUCCACAGGCAACAAUGCUGAUAUCCGACGGAGUACGUCCUCGCGAUCGGCUGGCUCUCAGAUGAGCUAUGUGGCUCUUUUGCGCAGGCAAAAGGCAACAGUCUGGUGUGACCGUGCGCAGGCGGAGGAUCCCCGGUUGCGUCAACAGAAGCUCGUAGAUAAAAAGCGAGCAUACCUUGAAGUCCACGGUGCAGGCGCCGGACGAGCAAGUACCCUUGGAAGCGGAAAGGGCAAGCAUGGUAACAAAGUCACGGAUCUCUCUCCUUCUGCGCUUGUUGGCGCGACCGUCCCGGUUCGACUUAGUGCCAACGAGGUGGGAGAUGCCGAAGACGACGCACGUAGCGAGAGGGACUUUCCGUAUCGUCGGACUGGGAGCGGACGGAGCUCCCUCGGCAGCGGGCAUCGUUAUCCCAGUGGCUACCAGCGAAACACAACGAGCAGCAGUAACACGCCGCCGAACGAAAGGACGGAUCUUCCGGGCGUUUCCGAGGACAAAGCUGAGGAGUUGCAGCAAAGUGCUGCCAAGGACGAUGCUACAACAGAGGCUACAGAGCAAGAGGAUACCCUCGGGGAGAUGGGUGCGCCAAGUGCCGCUACUCUGGCUGAGCAGAAGGCUAAAAAGGCGGCCGAUCUUCGACGUCGCGGUAGUGUGGAUGAUCGAACAACCUCCAUGACCAACGUGCGGCUAUUCGUUGCAAACCCAGAUUUGAGCGAUUAG